AUACACUAUUUAAGAUAUAUAAAUAAUAACUUUGAUUUUAAGAAGAGUGCUUUGUAUAAUAUUAGUUAUCUAUUAAAUAUAAAAAUAUCUGUUCUGUAUUAUUUCUAUUUUAUAAAAAAGAAAACUUAUAAUUCUAUAAAUUUUAUAUAUUUUAUAUUAUAUAUAUAUAAUUUACUGAUAUCUCUCAAAUCUGCAACUAAUCUGCUAGAAAAUACUUGUAAUUUUAUAAAAAUUAUUAAAUAA